AUGCAAAUUUUAUCCUUUAUCCAAGUUUGGUUAGUAUCUGUAUGGAUCCUAACUUCCAAUUACGUGGCUGGUUCACCAGGUGAUAAUUUAAAUGAAUUUAUAGAUUGCUGUUACGCUUGUGAAUUCAAAAGAUCCUGCCCUUAUUCACAAAUACAUUGGAUAGAUCCUGAGAAGAACCAAUUUAGGGACACGCAGUUCACAAAAACACCAUUCGUUUUGGAAAAGUUAUUCUUAUGGGAUUGUAUAUCAGAUUGUGACUACCAAUGCCAACAUGUUAUUACCAAGAUGAGAAUUGAAAAAAAUGAGGAAAUAUAUCAAUUCCAUGGCAAAUGGCCAUUUGUAAGAUACUUUAGCACACAAGAGUUUUUCUCCACUAUAUUCAGUAUAGCUAAUUUUGUACCACAUUAUUAUGGUUUCCAAAAAUUAAAUCACAGAAUUACUUCCAUUCAAAAAUCAAGAGGUCAGUUAGCGACUUUGGCUAUCUUGAAAAAUUAUAUUUACGUGUCCAUUGCAGGUAUGUUUGCCUGGAUCGCUAGUACGAUAUUUCAUUGGAGAGAUCUAAUUAUUACCGAAAAAUUAGAUUAUUUCUUUGCUGGUCUUACAGUCUUGGCAGGGUUCCAUGCAAUUUUAGCUAGAAUGGUAAGAUUAGAUCAAUACUCUAAAUGGCAUCAAUAUUUCUCAAUUUGUGUUUUGUUAAUAUUUUCCGGUCAUAUCUUAAGACUUUACAUCGAUUGGUCAUAUACUUAUAAUAUGAGGUUCAAUAUUUUUUUCGGAUUAUUACAAUAUAUCUUAUUAUUAUCGUUGGCCGUCCAAAACUAUAGCUACCUAAAAUCAAGAAGAAUAAAAUCUAGAUCAUUUUAUAACUUACCAUACUCGAGACAAUUCUUCAAGUUAUGUUUUAUCCCGACGAUUUUAGUCUUAUCCACUGCAAUGGCAAUGUCGUUAGAAAUAUUUGAUUUUUUCAGUUAUACUUUCCAAAUCGAUGCACAUGCUAUAUGGCAUUUCUGUACUAUAUGGCCAUCUUUAAUAUUGUACGAUUUCUUCUUAAGUGAUUUCGAUCUAGUUAUCUCUGAAGUCACUGAAUAA